GCACGUGUUUGUUUGCCACAGUCUCGUGCAAUCAGAACCACUCAAUGCAGCACGUGGUUUCAUUCCACGUCUGCCAAGGGAAGUCAGAUUACAGCGGAGCAUCUGCAACCUCAGUUGAUAUCAAACCCAUUAUUGAAAAUGUAAAUAUACAGUAGAUGGCAUGCAGUCGUUUGAUUUGACCCUGGAAUGGAUUUAGAGGAGGCUUUCCAGGUGGUUGGAGAAUUCGGUAGACACCAGAAACGGAUGAUCACCAUCCUGGUUUUCCUACAGAUUUACAUGGCAUGUCAGUCCAUGCUUAUAAUUUUAGUGGGUGCUGUGCCAGAAUAUCAUUUAGAACCUGCUACUGGUGGUGUGGAUGGUGAUAUAACUCAAACUGUGAAAUUCACAGAGGAUGUCAGCUCAAUCGUGACUGAGUGGAACCUAAUUAAACAUCAAGCCUACAAGGUGAACUUGGCUGGGUCCCUGUUCUUUGCGGGUGUGCUGAUCGGAAAUGUCGUGUUUGGACCACUCUCUGAUAAAAUCGGAAGGAAGCCGGUUUUUCUAACUGGUCUGUUUUUUGAGGUCUUGUUUGGGUACGGCACAGCAUUAGCUCCCACUUAUGAGUUGUUUGCUGUGUCUCGGCUGCUGGUGGGGCUGAUGAACGGAGGAAUGGCGUUGGUCUGCUUUGUUCUUACUCAGGAAUAUGUGGGAAAGUCCUACUGGGCUAUGACAGGGACCUUGACUAAUAUGACCUUUGCAGUGGGCAUCGCUCUGUUCGGCGCCUUGGGUUAUUAUGUUCGGCCGUGGCGGAACCUAGCAACUGUGGCCAACUGUCCUGGACUUUUGCUCUUCCUGCUCUGUGUGAAUUUGCCAGAAUCCCCACGCUGGCUUUAUUCUCGGGGUCACAAAGAGCAGGCUGAGGACAUCCUGCAGGAUUUCGCUGUUAGAAACGGGAAAGGCAGAAUUAUAGUGAAGCUCCGCCGGGCCGUCAGCACCAGCGCUCCGAAUGCAACCAGCCCUGGGGUUUUCCAGCUGGUCACACAUCCCAUACUGCGCUGGAGGACUGUGGUGCUAAUGUAUGUGUGGUAUGCCUGUAGCCUUGUGUAUUAUGGGUUGACCCUCAAUGCCAGUGAAGAUAAAGGUAAUCGUUACCUUAGUGUUGCCAUGUAUGGCCUGGUGGAACUCCCUGCUUACCCUCUCUGCAUGUACUUCAUUAACAAACAGUGGGCAGGCAGGAGGAAGUCAUUGGCCAAUUUUCUCGUUUUUGCAGGCAUAUCCUGUCUUCUCACAAUGGUUGUACCUGCAUCAGGGUCCUUAUUAAGUGCCACAUCACUGGCUCUAGUGGGAAAACUGAUGGUCAGUGCUGCAUUUAAUAUUGUGUAUGUUUAUACGUCAGAGCUCUACCCAACCGUCAUCAGGAAUGCUGGGUUGGGUGUGUGUUCCAUGUCCUGUAGAGUUGGGGGAAUUCUGGCACCAUUUGUGCCGAGUAUGAAAUCAUUGCACGCCUCCAUGCCUUUUAUGGUGUUCUGUUUGAGUGGGAUUUCUGCGGGCUGCCUGGGGCUCCUCCUACCGGAGACGCUCAAUAAACCUGCUGCUGAAACUCUUGAUGAACUGUCCAGCCCCACCUACCAGCGAAUCUUAGAGCCGCAGGUCCAUCUUUUGGAAGAAAAGCAUUUAAUUGACCACAACGGAGCUGAUAGUGACUGAGACAAGGACCUUAGAAACAUUUUAUCAAUUCCUAAGCACAACUGACUUGUCAAAAUGUUGUGCCAUACACAGACUCACCGAAAGACUCAAGGUGCCUUCUAGAAGAAAUCUGUUCAAAGGAUCAAUUCAGCUGAUGUACUGUAACUAUCAGGACUAUUUUAAAAUAAUGUAAAAAGGACCAGAUAUUCAUUUGUAAACUCGUUUAUCAUAAUGUCUGACAGUUCUGCUAAUUUCAUGUGUUUACUGCCAUUUGUAAGACAAAUAUCUUGCUCUAUUUUUUUAUGUUUUUUUUUGUUUUGUUUUUUUUAAUGUGAGAUGUGACAUUACAUUCAACAGCGUGUAUAUGUUAGCAUUCAACAUAUAAUCAAUAAUGGUUGCAAACACUACAAAAUCAUGAUACUGGAUCUUUGUUCGAGGUAAAGAUCAGUUUAGGCUGUUGUAAAGAAAUAUUUCAAGCAAAAAUUAAAAUGAUGAUAUUUUAAUUAUUUACUGCAAUUGUUUUUAUUCCAAACUUGUAUGUUGGUAUUUUAUCUUUGGAACACAAUUUUAGGGAUUUAAGUGUUGUCAGGUGAGGUCAUUUUUAAAUCUGGACCACAAGAUUUGAAAUUCAGUAAGGAUACUCGCUGAAAAAAAUAGCAUGUUUGUUUAGGGUGAAUAAUGAUAGAAUUUUAAUUUUUGGGUGAACUAUACUUUUAAGAGAUGAAUUAUUUUUCUCCAAAGGGAGAAAAAAGUCUUACACAUGUAUAUUUGUGUAUAUUUCUGUACAUUGCUGAAAAUGCAUCUGUUUUAAUCUUCAGAUUUAAGGGAAAAAAAGCUUUUAAAUAAAUGCCUAGAGUAUGA